AUGAGCUCGGCGAGCGGCAUGUCCUCCAUCUCCGAGGCCGAUCCGCUCUCCGUGGACUCCUCGGCGGCGCCAUCCUUCACAUCGGACUUCCCCGCCGUGUCCUGCACGUGCUGGCGCGCCUCGCUCUGCGAACGCUGUGGGUCCAGCCAGGAGGGCCUCCUCGAGCAGCUCGAUCGGGAUAUCAGCUUCGCCCAGGCGUCAGUGAGCGCCGACGUUGCGGCGCGAGCGCGCCUUCCCGUCGGGCCACUGCCCCUGGAUGCGCUGCAGCAUCGCCGGAACCAUCGCGGCAGGGCGCACCGCAAGCUCCUCGACGCCGUCGCCUCUGGCUUGCGCAGGCUGCGUCGAAGCCACGACGCACCUGCAGGCCGCAGCGACCGCCGCUGCCACCACCUGGCGGCUGCCUCCGCCCUCGGCGGCGCCCUUGGCCGCCGCUUUGACGAGAGCAGCCUCCAUGCAACAACACUGCCGCGGGACCCCCGGGAGACCGUGCCACAAAUCGGCUUCAGCCAAAAUGGCUACGGACGGUGA